UCUAAAACAAAAUGGCGUCCUCCAUCAAAAUGUCCGAAACAAACCCCGAAACAAAUCAAGUAGUUAAUUAUUUACAGCAAAUGUUUUCGAGUUUAUCCGAUAAUAUUUCAGAAAGAGAUACAGAUAAAAUGAAAAUACAUUUCACUCUCUCACGACAUUUUACUUUGUCAAAUUUGUGUAAACUUAAUAACCAAUUUCCAACCGUUCCACGGAAACUGCUCAACUGCGAUGCCUACACAUUUUUUAAGUUUCUUGAAAAUAAAGGAUUUGUAGACGACACGAACAUUGAUGCUUUGAAAAGAACGAUGAGAAUGGGAAACCCAGAAUUACUACACAUUACAACUCUUGGAGCAAAAAGAAAAGCCGUAGUGGACCCAGUAGUAGAGUACCUGGAGAAGACUGGCCCAACCCAAGUGGAUGACUUCCUACCGCCCUGGCUCUACCCCACCAGGAAGAGUGAACGUAUAAGGAAAAAGAAAUGUGCUUCCAGUGAUAAUCAAACCAAAAAGCAGAAGACUGAAGCUGUGAGUUUUUCAUGUAAUACCAGCAACUCCCCACCGGACAUUGAUGUCAGUCCACCAUCUACCUCACACGAUGUAUCAGCAGAUGUUUAUAACUGUAAUCACCCAGUCAGGUUUUCAUGUGAUGUGAAACUGCGAGUCAAGUACGAGUAUGAGAGUCACCAGGACAUCUUGGAGGCUAGUGUCCAUAGUAACAAACCCCAGGAAAUUGCCAGAAAACUAGACCGAUUUAAUCAGGCUAGUCUUAUUCUCAAGGCUCGGGAUCUAGGAGCUGUUGUUUGCGAGAUCAAAUUUUCCGAAAUCACCAGUUUGGAUGCCUUCUGGAGAGAUUAUAUAAAUGGCUCUUUACUUCAAGCAUUGAAAGGGGUCUUUAUAACAGAGGCCUUGCAACAAGCAGUGGGAGAUGAGCCAAUGAGACUUCUAGUGACCGUUGAUGAGGAUGACUACAGAAGAGGGCGUUUAAAGUUGCUGCAAAACCUCACGUCUUGACACAACCCUUCGCAAAGACCAUAGAAAAUAGCUUUAGAGUUUGAUGUCUUGACGAUGAGAAAUAACGGGUCUUUUUGAAUGUUUUAAGGCCUUGUGUGUUGCCAUUUGUUCAAAAGUGAAACAUUUUAGAUUGCUUCAGAUCAACACACUAAAGACAUGUUAUCAAAAUAAUUCAAAUUCUUCAAAACAUGAUUGUUCGACAAUGCCAAAUGAGGAAGAUUGGUUAACUAAAAAUGACAUUAAUACAAAAGAGAUUUGCAAAAGACAAUCCAAAAUGCUUAAGGAAACUGAUUACUUGACGGAAGCAGUCCUAUGAAAUUACUUCAGAGUCUCUGGUUGAACGUCUUUAACAGAGGAGUGUGUGUACAAUUGUGUGAGAAUUUGAUAUUAUAAUUAUACCCCCACAAACGAAGUUUAGGGGGGUAUGUAGGAGUGAACUUGUCUGUCGGUCUGUCUGUCGGUCCGUAUUAAGUGUCCGCUCUCUAAUUAUCCCCACGCUUUUUGAAAAGUGUGGGGAUAUUGUGGUUAUCUCCGCCAUCCGUCUGUCUUUCUGUCCAUCCUGGCCACUAUCUUCUCUUACACUAUAAGCACUAGAACCUUGAAACUUACACACAUGGUAGCUAUGAGCAUAUAUGCGACCCUGCACUAUUUGGAAUUUUGAUCUGACCCCUGGGUCAAAAGUUAUGGGGGUUGGGGCGGGGCCGGGUCAGAGAUUUUCACUCAUUUUUUAUGUCCCCCACUAUAGUAGUGGGGGACAUAUUGUUUUUGCCCUGUCUGUUGGUUGGUCUGUUGGUUGGUCUGUUGGUUGGUCUUUUUGCGCCAACUUUAAUAUUUUGCAAUAACUUUUGCUAUAUUGAAUAUUGCAACUUCAAAUUUGGCAUGCAUGUGUAUCUCAUGAAGCUGCACAUUUUGAGUGGUGAAAGGUCAAGGUCAUCCUUCAAGGUCAGAGGUCAAAUAUAGGUGGCCAAAAUCGCUCAUUUUAUGAAUACUUUUGCAAUAUUGAAGAUAGCAACUUGAUAUUUGGCAUGCAUGUGUAUCUCAUGGAGCUGCACAUUUUGAGUGGUGAAAGGUCAAGGUCAUCCUUCAAGGUCAGAGGUCAAAUAUAUGUGGCCCAAAUCGCUUAUUUUAUGAAUACUUUUGCAAUAUUGAAGAUAGCAACUUGAUAUUUGGCAUGCAUGUGUAUCUCAUGGAGCUGCACAUUUUGAGUGGUGAAAGGUCAAGGUCAAGGUCAUACUUCAAGGUCAGAGGUCAAAUAUAUGUGGCCCAAAUCGCUUAUUUUAUGAAUACUUUUGCAAUAUUGAAGAUAGCAACUUGAUAUUUGGCAUGCAUGUGUAUCUCAUGGAGCUGCACAUUUUGAGUGGUGAAAGAUCAAGGUCAUCCUUCAAGGUCAAGUAUAUGGGUCAAAAUUGCGCAUGUAAUGUCACUUCUGCAAUAUUGAAGCUAGCAAUUUUAUAUUUGAAAUGCGUGUGUAUCUCAAGGAGCUGCACAUUUUGAGUGGUGAAGGGUCAAGGUCAUCCUACAAGGUCAAACAUCAUAUAGGGGGACAUUGUGUUUCUCAAACACAUCUUGUUUUAGGUUAUUUUACUAUAAUUUCUUCAUUUCUACACCUAUUGUCUUCAAAUUGAUACCGAACCUCUCUUAUGAUGAUACGGUCAAUCUCAACUAUCCCCAUUACCAACCCUGGGGCGCCCCGCCCACAUAUGCCCCGCCCACCCAAAAUUGCAGUUUUACUAUAAUUUCUUUAUUUCUAAACCGAUUCACUUCAAAUUGAUACUGAACCUUUCUUAUGACAAUACGGUAAAUCUCAGCUAUGCAUGGCCCCAUUACCAACCCUGGGGCACCCCACCCACAUAGGCCACGUCCAACCCAAAAUUGCCUUUUACUAUAAUUUCUUCAUUUCUACACCGAUUCACUUCAAAUUGAUACUGAACCUCUCUUAUGACAAUACCGUUAAUCUCAACUAUGCAUGGCCCCAUUACCAACCCUGGCUGGGGCGCCCCACCCACAUAGGCAGUGCCCACCCAAAAUUGCCUUUUACUAUAAUUUCUUAGUCUCUACACUGUUUCACUUAAAAUUGAUACUGAACCUCUUUUAUGACAAUACAGUCAAUCUCAACUAUGCAUGGCCCCAUUACCAACCCUGGGGCACCCCGCCCACAUAGGCCACGCCCACCCAAAAUUGCCUUUACUAUUAUUUCUUCAGUUCUACACUGAUUUACUUCAAAUUGAUACUGAACCUCUUUUAUGACAAUACGGUCAAUCUCAACUAUGCAUGGCCCCAUAACCAACCCUGGGGCACCCCGCCCACAUAGGCCACGCCCACCCAAAAUUGCCGUUUACUAUAAUUUUUUCAUUUCCACACCGAUUCACUUCAAAUUGAUCCAGAACCUCUCUUAUGACAAUACGGUUAAUCUUAACUAUGCAUGGCCCCAUUACCAACCCUGGGGUGCCCCGCCCACCCAAAAUUGCCUUUUACUAUAAUUUCUUCAUCUAUACACUGAUUCACUUCAAAUUGAUUCUGAACCUCUUUUAUGACAAUACAGUCAAUCUCAACUAUGCAUGGCCCCAUUACCAACCCUGGGGCGCCCCGCCCACAUAGGCCUCACCCACCCAAAAUUGCCUUUUACUAUUAUUUCUUAAUUUCUACACCGAUUUACUUCAAAUUGAUACUGAACCUCUCUUAUGACAAUACGGUCAAUCUCAACUAUGUAUGGCCCUAUUACCAACCCUGGGGAACCCCGCCCACAUAGGCCACGCCCAUCCAAAAUUGCCUUUUACUAUAAUUUCUUCAUUUCUACACCAAUUCACUUUUAAUUGAUACUGAACUUCUCUUUUAACAAUACGGUCAAUCUCAACUUUGCAUGGCCCCAUUACCAACCCUGAGGGGCCCCUGGGUCAAACAUGCGGCGUAAGGAUACGCGUCGGCUUCUGCCGCGCCAUUUCUAGUUCAAAUAGUUUUCAUCCGAUCUUCACCAAACUUGGUCAGAAGUUGUAUCUACAUGAUGUCUAGGCCAAGUUCGAACAUGUGCCUUGCCGGGUCAAAAACAAGGUCAUGGGGUCACUUAGUGCGUUUUAAACAUUCAGCAUGUUGUCCGCUCUCUAAUUCAAGUAGUUUUCAUCUGAUCUUCACCAAACUUUGUCAGAAGUUGUAUCUAGAUGAUCUUAAGGCCAAGUUCGAACAUGGGCCUUGCCAGGUCAAAAACUACGUCACGGGGUCACUUAGUACGUUUUACACAUUGAGCAUGGUGUCAGCUCUCUAUUUCAAGUAUUUUUAAUCCGAUCUUCACCACACUUGGUCAGAAGUUGUAACUAGAUGAUGUGUAGAUCAAGUUCGAACAUUGGCCAUGCUGGGUCAAAAACUAGGUCACGGGGUCACUUAGUGUGAUUUAAACCUCACCAUGUUGUCUGCUGUCCAAUUCAAGUAGUUUUUAUCCAAUCUUCACCAAAAUUAGUCAGAAGUUGUAUCUUGAUAAUGUCUAGGGCAAGUUUGAAUAUGGGUCAUGCCGGGUCAAAAACAAGGUCACGGGGUCACUUAGUGUGUUUUAAACAUCACAAUGUUGUCCGCUGUCUAAUUCAAGUAGUUUUCAUCUCACCAAACUUGGUCACAAGUUUUAUCUAAAUGAUCUCUAGGACAGGUUUGAACAUGGGCCAUUCCUGGCCUAAAACUAGGUCACAGGGUCACUUAGUGCGUUUUUUAACAUUCAGCAUGGUGUCCGCUCGCUAAUUCAAGUAGUUUACAUCCGGUCUUCACCAAACUUGGUCAGAAGUUUUAUGGAGAUGAUCUUAAGGCCAAGUUAGAACAUGGACCUUUCUGGGUCAAAAACUAGGUCAAGGGAUCACUUAGUGCGCUUUAAAAAUUGAGCAUGGUGUCCGCUGUUUUUUUUUGAAGACGACAUGCAAAAUAUUAUGUGUCAAUGCGGCAUAUGGGGGUAUUGGUCACAUCUGUGACAAAGCUCUAGUUAAGCAUUGGAACUUUAUUGAUUAAAGUCCUUUCAUUAUAAGUGCGUAUGCAAUGUUGAUCAACCAAAGCUAUUAAAUAAAGCAUUUAUAAAAACAAA